UAGCCUUUCCCGUUGGCAUUUAUUUCUUGGUGUACACCCAAAGUUGCCUGUCGUCUUUCUAAUAAGCCUCAGCUCUCAAGCAAAGAAGCCAAGGAAACCCCACAUCUUCACUUCAAUUUCUUUCCCUGUAGCCAUGUCUCAGGCAGAGAAAGUUGUACUGACUGCAAAAGAAGAUGAGAAGUCUGGGUCUUCUGAGAGUAAAAAGUCUUCUGAGUCUGCCUCCAUGGAAGCACAAACAGGAGAGACGAGGAAAACCCCUGCAGCUGGAGCUGGGCUUCAAAAUCCCUUUGAUUUCUCAGCCAUGACUGGACUAUUAAAUGAUCCAAGUAUUAAAGAACUAGCUGAGCAGAUCACAAAAGAUCCUUCGUUUAAUCAGAUGGCUGAGCAGCUUCAGAAGACCUUUCAGGGUGCUGCUGUGGAAGAUAGUAUCCCCAACUUUGAUAGCCAACAAUAUUUCUCUACAAUGCAACAGGUUAUGCAAAAUCCUCAAUUUAUGACCAUGGCUGAACAACUUGGUAGUGCAUUAAUGCAGGAUCCAUCCAUGUCUAGCAUUCUUGAGAAUUUGACAAACUCAUCACAGAAAGACCAACUUGAAGAACGAAUGACACGCAUCAAAGAAGAUCCAUCACUGAAACCAAUUCUUGAAGAGAUUGAAAGUGGCGGUCCAGCUGCAAUGAUGAGGUAUUGGAAUGAUCAAGAUGUUUUAAAGAAGCUAGGUGAAGCAAUGGGUUUUGCUGCUGCAGGGGAGGGUGCUACCUCCGCUGAAGUUUCUGGGCCAGAUGAAACAGAAAAAGCAGAUGAAGAUGAAUCCGUCGUACACCAGUGUGCCAGUGUGGGCGAUGUGGAGGGCUUGAAGAAUGUGAUAGCCUCUGGUGCUGAUAAAGAUGAAGAGGAUUCAGAAGGAAGGACAGCGUUGCAUUUUGCAUGUGGAUAUGGGGAGGUGAAGUGUGCUCAGGUACUUCUUGAAGCUGGGGCAGAGGUUGAUGCUUUGGACAAGAAUAAGAAUACUGCCCUGCACUAUGCUGCUGGGUACGGAAGAAAGGAGUGUGUAGCACUGCUGUUAGAGAAUGGAGCAGCUGUUACACUUCAAAACUUAGAUGGGAAGACACCAAUAGAUGUUGCCAAACUCAAUAACCAGAAUGAAGUUCUAACGCUACUUGAGAAGGAUGCAUUUUUGUGAACUGGAACGACCCGAUCUUCCUGGAUGUAGGCUGG